AAAAGCAAAAGGCGUUGCUGACAGGUGGACGGAAAUAUCUACUUGCCCUGACUGGAGGGAAGAGAUGGACGUAAAUAAGACGGUACUUUGCGAGAGCCUGAUCAUAUGGCUGCAGACGUUUAACACAGCGGCACCAUGCACAACAGUAGAGGAGCUGACUACUGGGGCGGCCAUGUCUCAGGCCCUGCAUCAAAUAGACCCCUCAUGGUUCAGCGAGGGCUGGCUGAGCCGCAUCAAGGAGGACGUGGGGGACAACUGGAGACUAAAGAUGAACAACCUGAAGAAGAUUCUUCAGAUGAUGGUUGAUUACUACAACGAGGUGUUGACUCAGCAGAUCUCUGACUUUCCCCUGCCUGACCUGGUGCGUGUGGCAGAGCACUCAGACCCCGUGGAGCUGGGCCGCCUGCUGCAGCUCAUCCUGGGCUGUGCCGUCAAGUGUGAACGCAAACAAGAGUACAUCCAAGUCAUCAUGACCUUGGAGGAGUCUGUGCAGCAUGUGGUCAUGACAGCCAUUCAGGAGCUGAUGAGCAAGGAGACCAUGGGCCAGUUUGGAGCCGAGCCCCUGGGGGACAUGGAGCAACAACUGAAGAAGACCAUGGAGGAGCUGGCGGAGGUGAUGGCAGAGAAGGAGGAGCUUGCACAGCGAUGUCAAGAGCUGGACAUUCAGGUGGCGGUGCUGCAGGAGGAGCGGAACAGCCUGCUGGCGGAGAACGACGUGCUGACAGACAGAGCCAAUCAGCUGGACACCUUUGACGACCCCAGCACGCCCUCGGGCAAGAAGCACAGCCAGCUGCAGAUACAGCUCGAACAGCUGCAGGAGGAGAACUUCAGGCUGGAGGCGGCUAAGGAUGACUAUCGUAUCCACUGUGAGGACCUGGAGAAACAGCUGAUUGAGAUCCAGCACCGCAACGACGAGCUGACCAGCCUGGCAGAGGAGUCACGAGCACUCAAGGACGAGCUGGACAUACUCAGGAGCUGCUCGGACCGGGCGGUGAAGCUGGAGGCCUCGGUGGAGACGUACCGCAAGAAGCUGGAGGACCUGGGGGACCUGCGGAGGCAGAUGAAGGCCCUGGAGGAGAAGAACAUGACCUACAUGCACAACACUGUCUCCCUGGAGGAGGAGCUGAGGAAGGCCAACGCAGCCCGCGCACAACUAGAGACGUACAAGAGACAGGUCCAGGAUCUGCACAAGAAUCUCUCUGAGGAGUCGCGGCGUGCCGACAACUUGGCCUUCGAGAUGAAGAAGAUGGAGGAGAAGCACGAGACAGUGCUGAAGGAGAAAGAGAGGAUAAUAAUUGAGCGAGACUCUUUGAAGGAGACCAAUGAGGAGCUCCGCUGCACACAGGUUCAGCAAAACCAGUUCCUCCAAGCAGAGAGGUGUCAGUCGGACAGUCCAAGCCAUGACAACCUGGCAGCUGAGAUGCUGCCUAUCGAGUUCAGGGAGAAGUUCAUCCGUUUGCAGCAUGAGAACAAGAUGCUGCGUGUGCAGCAGGAGGGCUCGGAGAACGAGCGCAUCACCGAGCUGCAGCAGCAACUGGAGGGGGCCCACCGCGACCGCAGCGAGCAGGAGACCGAGACCAGGUUAAACAGGGAGCGCAUCACUGUGCUUCAGCAGCAAGUGGAGGACCUUCAGAAGGCUCUGCAGGGCCAGGGCACCAAGACUGAGGACUCAAACCUCAAGAGGAAACUGGAUGCUCAUAUGGUGCAGCUGAAUCAGGCCCAGGAUGAGAUCAUGAGGAAGAAGGAGCUCCUGGAAGACCUCCAACCAGACUCCACUCAGAACGCUCUGAAACUGGAGGAGUUGAUGGCGGCCCUAAAGAAGAAGGACGAGGACAUGAAGGCUAUGGAGGAGAGAUACAAGAUGUACCUGGAGAAGGCUCGCAACGUCAUCCGUGCGCUGGACCCCAAGCUAAACCCGGCCUCUGCAGAGAUCCAGGCACUGAAAAACCAGCUCUCGGAGAAGGACAAGAAGAUCAGCUCCCUGGAGAGAGAGUGUGAGCAAGCCAAACUGAGGGAGUAUGAAGAGAAGUUGAUUGUUACUGCAUGGUACAAUAAGAGUCUGAACUUCCAGAAGAUGGCGAUCGAGUCUCGUCUGGGCGGCCGCUCCAACUCGCUGGUCCCGGCGGGCCAGUCCUUCCUGGCCCAGCAGAGGCAGGUCACCAACGCCCGCCGCACCCUCUCCGUUAACGUGCCUGCCUCCUCCGCCAAGUAGAAGAAGAACCACAAGAGAAGAAUCUUCCUCCAGCUUUCUUUUCUUUUCUCUUUUUUCCCCUCUCCUCCUCCCUUUCUUCUCCCUGUCCUUUCGUUUGCCUUGUCUCUUGUCCUUGUUCUUGUCUCUUGAGUACUCGACUGUAUGUCUCUCUGUCUCUGUCUCUGUCUCUGUCUCUCUCUCUCUCUCUCUCUCUCUCUCUCUCUCUCUCUCUGUCUCUCUCUGUCUGUCUGUCUGUCUGUCUCCUCAUGUUUUUCUCCUUCGUGCACUCAAGUGACCUUAAGGAAACUGGUCGUCACCCCCACUGCAAGCACUUGGACACACUAUAUAGGAAAAGAGGUUGGCGACUUUUAAAUGGGAAAACCUCUCUCAUUCACAAACACACACACACAAUACGUCUGCACAACUACUGUACUUUACACACUGUCACAACUAGAGAUAGACCGAUAAAUGCCACAUUUAGUCAUUUUUUAUAAAGCAUAUCAACACCGGCCAAUGUCUGUGUGAUACAUUUGGCUGUUUUACAGAGAUGCACAAAUGUGAGCACAAAGCAAGCCAGUUGUUUUCUUCAAGGGGCAAUAACGAUAACCUUUACCUUUGGCGGGUAAGGGCAACUUCAGGUCUCCAUGCUAUUUUGUUCAUCCAGAAGCAAGGAUGGCAGGUCGUAUCAUGACUUGAUGACACUAGUAGAUGAGUACAGUGAAUAAUAAAUGCAUACUGUAUUCAUCUUCUAAAAUGUAAUGCUUGUAUUGGCCUUCCAAGUAAUCGGCAGCUCAUAUCAGCCAUCCACUGAUCAUUGGCUGAAAAUAAAAUAAUAUCGGUAUCGCCAAGAAAACAAAAUCCAUAUCGGUCAAUCUCUAGUCAUACUCACCCCACCAUCACUCCUUGGAACACAAUUAGACGAUAACCUUUUUACUCUCUCAAUGAAUGAGUGAAUAUAGUCUAGCUGACACCAGCAUGCAUAUAUUUAUACACACACAUAUACACAAACACACACAACACUGUACUGUAUGACAGUAGCAACAGGCUCCUGCCCUAUGGCACGCUUAGCCUUUUUAUAAGACAACUUUCAUCUCAUCACCUUGAACAUGGACUCUAAUCAGGACAAUUUUAUCUGUGAUUGCAACCUCAAUGCAAACAGGGAAAGAGAUAGCAUGAUAAUGUAGUAUUGGAUUACAGUAACUAAGGUAAUUGUUUUUUUUUCUUCAUUUUUUUAAACAAAUGGCUAGCAUGUCUGCUUUCAGCUCCAAUUAAUCCGUAACCAUACUAUGCAGUACAGAUGUAAAAAUCGACACAAAUCAUUUGUGCAUCAUUCUCGCCAGUGCCGUUUAAUAGACAUACAUACAUACAUACAUACGGUAGAGUAGGUCGUAUACCUAGCAUACUGCAUAUUCAGAAUACUACUGCAUUCAAAAGAAGGACACUAGCUCCAUCUGGCGUGCUGUAAUGGUAUUGCGCAAUAGACAUUGCCUAAAAUUCUGGUGCUGGACACCGUUAGAGCUUUUUUUCUUGCUGUUCGAUAUCCUACCCUUGUAAGAAAUACUCAUUUCAGUUGUAUAAAUGAGAAACAUAAGCCUCUUCUAUUAUUGGGAUGUAAAAUAAUCAGAUCCUAGGUGCUGAGAUAAUAAUAUGCGAAUCUUUAAAAAAAAAAAAAAAAAAAAAGAAAGAUCAACUGGGAUGCCCUAUUUAUAAUAUUUAUUUUAUACGAAGCAAUCGACUAUGACCUGAUUCCAGCAUGAUUUUUUAAUUCUUUUUAAUGGCAGUGGAGGAAUGUAUGUUACUCAAAGGCCUUCCAGAAUCAGACAACUUUCUUAAUUGAGGAAUGCUUAAUGUGGAACCCCUUCCCCUCACCUGCCCUCGAUCUCAGCAGUGAUCCUGGUCAUCUUAUCAGUCUCCACCGGGGCCACAACUGAUUGUGUUGCUAUUCACCUUUAAAGGACCAGUGUGUGAUUUUCAAAUGUCAAGCUGCCCAUUCACAAAUUAGAUCUUUUUCCAUGAAUUGUUACUAACAAACUAAUAUUUACUUGUCUGACCAGAGUAGGUUUUGCUGCCAAAAUGUCUAUGACAAGUCGUUCUAAAAAACGGAUAUACCUGGAGAGGUUUGACUUAUUUGUGUAUGGAGUGUGUACUUUUCCAAGCCAUAAUAAUUACUUACAAAUUGAUGAUGGUAGUAAACAUUCAUGAAAAAAAAAGAUUAAAUAUGUUCCCUCGCCAGAUGGAUGUGGUUCUGCCUUGCUUCACACACAUCAUUUUGGAUUGCAUUUUACGGAUUCGCUGCCCAAAAGGCGCAGCGUUAUCCUUGCACGUGAUUAGAUAUACCACGUGUCUGUCAUUUUUAAUGACGUGCUACUUCAACCACUCACAGAUUCGACAAUACAGUCGAAAUUGCGGAAUUGAUGCCAACGCGUCAGGCCGAUCCUCCCAGACCUGUGAGUGGAGGCCAAGCCGGGCUUUGUAGCGCCACAUGUCUUGCGAAAGCCGGGUUAGUAAUUUGGUGUUCAUGGACAAAAAUUAUGGAAAUAAACUACAAAAAUGUACACACUGGCCCUUUAACCUCCAUUUGUGUCUGUGAGGUAAGUGGAAUCAGCACGGCCUCGAAGCCCUGGCAUGAUUUUUCAACACCCUUUCACCAGGCAGCAAUGUAGGACACUGAGGGCAUUCUCCUUCACGUGUCAUGUUGAUGCGGUCAUCUAAACCUAGACCGUGCCCUAAACCUAAAUAUCAGUGAAGUCAGGUUUCUGUAAGGGGCAGUUUAAGACGCCACAUUAAUACUCUUGCCGCCCAAUAUUGCCGCCUGGUAAAUGUGUUGAAAAGUGACAAGUCGGAAUGAUACUAUGUAGGUGGAAUAGGGGUGAUGGUGUAAACGGCAAACCACUUCUGCCUGCACGAGGACAGUAACUGGGGUGCUGGUACUAGAGUGUCCUUAGAGUACUCCAGAUGUCUGUUGUGCUAUUAAUUUCCUCUCUCUCAGAACAAAGCUGUGGGUUUUUUUAAAGAAAAAAAAACUGUCUUUAAAUGCUGGGUUGAAAGUUGAUGCUACUUCCUUUGCUUAUUUGUUUGUUUUUUUGUUUUAUUUUGCUCUUAUUCCCUGUUGUGAGUUUUGAAUUAGAACAGUUUGUGGCUGUUUAUCUUUUGGGUGGGCGAUUACUAAUAACAGAGUUAUGUGAAUCUGCUGUGUUGCGAAACACAAAGUUUUUUUUUUGUUUUCAUGGGAAAGUAAUAAAAUACUUGUU